AUGGAGGAGCUGUUUGCGAUGAUGAGGAGGGUGUGUGGUGGUGGCAGUGGGAGGGCGGGGGUGUCGGUGAGGUUGUUGGCGUAUUUGGUGAGGGAGGCGGAGACGCUGGAGGAGGGUGAGCGCCUGCUUACCACGUGGAGCGCUGAGCGCUUUCGGCGGUUGCUGAAAACCACACCACCCACCACCGCCCCUCGCAGCGACGACCGACACCUCCUCACCUCGUACCUAACCCUCCUCCUACGCACCCCCACCCCCCCACGCCUCUCUCUCUCCCUCCGCCUCCUGCAAACCCACACCCCGCGGCACGCCCCCGCCUGGAACGCCGUCCUCUCCGCUCUCUGCACCACACCCCCGACCACCACCAUCGCCGCGGCGCGACUGGCGCUCGUCUGGCGCCUCUACACGUCCAUGACGGCGCGGCACAUCCAGGCAGACAGCAACACGCUGCGCCUGCUGUGUGUGGCGGCCGAGCGCUGUCCGGGGGGUGUGGACUGGGGCGGGGGCGAGCCCGUUGAUGUUGCGGCGGGGGUUGUGGAGCGUGCUUUUGGCAUUGGGAUGGAGGGGGGAGGGGGUGGGGGGGUGCCGUUGGUGGCGGCGGAGGCGGCGACGCUACAUGCGUAUGUGAGGAUGCUGGGGUUUGCGGGGCGACGGGAGAGGUUGGAGGUGUUGGUGGGGUGGUUGAGGGGUGGGGGGAGGGUGGAUGAUGCGGGAGGGAGGGAGGGGGGGGAGUGGCCGGGGGGGUGGCCGGGGGAGGAGGAGGUGGAGAGGUAUGUUGUUAGGGGGUGGAGGGGGGGUGUGGAGAGGGGUGAGGGCGAGGUGGAGGCGGCGGAGGUGGUUGAGAGCGGUGGAGGCGAGGGGGUGGAGGGGGUGGUGGGGGGGAUGGAGGAUGGAGGAGCCGGUGUAGUUGUACAGUAG